CAAGACCACAAUGCUCGCUCAAAAGGUGCUCGAUUCGAUCCCUGAUUUAACUGGAAAGACAGUGGUCAUCACUGGAGCAACCAUGGGCCUAGGAUUUCACUCGGCAGGAAUCUUUGUAUCAAAAGGAGCUCGGGUUCUUGUGCAUGGUCGCACUCUCAAGAAGGCUACUCUUGCUUGCGAGGCUCUCUCAGUUCACACAACGGAUCCACUUCUUCUCGUUCCCGUCCAUGGCGACCUGUCUUCUCUCGCUCAAACCAGACAGCUGGCCCAAACCAUUAUUAAGCACGCUCCAAAGAUCGAUAUUCUCAUGCUCAAUGCUGGCAUUGCUGGUGUUGAUUAUGUGAGAACUGAAGAUGGCAUUGAAUCAUGCAUGCAGAUAAACUAUCUUGCGCAGUAUUAUCUGUUUAAAAAGUUGGAAGCCAAAUUGAAGGCAUCCAAAACCAGGAUCGUUUGUGUCAGUUCUGGAUCAGCUAGUGCUUCGCAUCGGGAUGGGAUCCCAGACACACUCAAGGGAUGGAAUGACAAAGAAGCGUUUGCUCCCAUGUUGAACUAUGGCGACUCCAAACUUGCCAAUGUCCUCUUUACAAAAUACAUAGCAGACCAUUAUGCAAAGACAGGUAUAGUAGCAACAGUCGUUGAUCCAGGUUGUGUAUCUACCAGUCUUCAUGCAAAAGCUACGGGUGCAGGAAUCUAUUCAUUUUUUAUGCGCAAUUGCUCAUGGAUAUUUGCAUCUCCACCAGAAGUUGGUGUUUUGACCCAAGUUUUGGCUGCUGUAAGUGAUGCUGUCUUGACUGGAUCGGCUUGGCGGCUUGUAGAUGCUAGAUGGGAUAUAUCAGAGCUUUGUAGUGGUGAUCGGGCAGAACGGCUUUGGAAAACAAGCCAGGAUAUCUUGGCCAAGAAAGGGUUUACGUAAACUUCAAGUGUAUCAUAUGAUCAUCUAUUCAAGCAUACUUGGACUGGGUGUGUCCAAGUACCAGUGUAUAAUAUACUGCACAGGUGCGAUUGAAGUUUCCGAUUUGGUAGGGUUAGAUUUACAACCGCAUUCGCAUAAAAUGGACCGCUUUUGUGUUCAUUCUGCAGUGAUUAUCUUGCUUUGCUUCGAAAUAAACAAUGUUUAAAU